CCGGCCCAUGGCUCGGCGUUCGGCGGGCCGGGGCCGGCCGCUUCCUGCCCGCGCCAGACGGGGCCGCGGGUAGCAGCGGCGGCCGCAGCUCGGCGGCGCCAUGCGGGACUACGAGGAGGUGUCCGCCUUCCUGGGCGAGUGGGGCCGCUUCCAGCGCCUCGUCUUCUUCCUGCUCAGCGCCAGCAUCGUCCCCAACGGCUUCAACGGCCUCUCCAUCGUCUUCUUAGCCGGCACCCCCGCGCACCGGUGCGCCGUGCCCCGCGGCGCCAACCUGAGCGGCGAGUGGCUGAACGCCAGCAUCCCGCUGGAGCUGCGCGGCGGCCGGGCGGAGCCGAGCCGCUGCCGCCGCUACCGCCUGGCCGCGCUCGCCAACUUCUCGGCGCUGGGGCUGCGGCCCGGCUCCGACGUGGAGCUGGGAGAGCUGGAGCAGGAGCCGUGCCUGGACGGCUGGGAGUACAGCCGAGACGUCUACCGCUCCACCAUCGUCACCGAGUGGAAUCUCGUGUGUGACAACGACUGGAAGGGACCCCUGAGUACCUCCUUGUUUUUUGUGGGUGUCCUGCUCGGAUCUUUCAUAUCGGGACAACUCUCAGACAAGUUUGGCAGGAAGAAUGUGCUGUUUGCAACUAUGGCAAUGCAGACUGGCUUCAGCUUCAUACAGGUCUUCUCUACCAGCUGGGAGAUGUUUUCAGUGUUCUUUUUGCUGGUCGGCAUGGGACAGAUAUCUAACUACGUGGCAGCGUUUGUUCUCGGCACAGAAAUUCUUGGCAAAUCAAUCCGUGUGCUAUUCUGCACACUAGGUGUUUGCAUAUUUUACGCGUUUGGCUACAUGUUGCUGCCACUGUUUGCUUACUUCAUCAGAGACUGGCGGAUGCUGCUGCUGGCGCUUACUUUACCUGGGCUGCUCUGCAUCCCACUCUGGUGGGUCAUUCCAGAAUCUCCACGGUGGUUAAUCUCUCAGGGACGAUUUCAAGAGGCAGAAGACAUACUCCGAAAGGCUGCAAAAAUUAAUGGUAUUACACCCCCAGAUAUAAUACUUGAUCCUAGUGAGCUGCAGGAUGUGGAUUCCCAGAGACAACAGACAUACACCAUUUUGGAUCUAAUGAAAACCCGAAAUAUUCUAACUAUCACAAUUAUGUCAGUGAUUCUGUGGAUGAUAAUCUCUGUUGGUUAUUUUGGACUUUCUCUUGACACACCCAACUUGCAUGGAGACGUCUAUUUAAACUGUUUCCUCUCAGCAGUGAUUGAAGUUCCAGCCUACAUUAUUUCCUGGCUGCUGCUUCGAAAUCUCCCCCGACGGUAUUCAAUGGCUGCUGCGUUAUUCUUGGGAGGCUGUGUUCUUCUCUUCAUUCAGCUGGUGCCUUCACAGUUUCGUGCCAUAUCUAUUCUCCUCGUGAUGCUGGGGAAAUUUGGGAUCACAUCUGCCUUUUCAAUGGUUUAUGUUUACACGGCUGAGCUUUACCCAACAGUGGUGAGAAACAUGGGAGUUGGAGCAAGCUCCAUGGCCUCCAGACUUGGCAGCAUCCUCUCACCUUACUUCGUUUACCUUGGUGCCUAUGAUAGGUUCCUGCCUUACAUCCUGAUGGGGAGCCUGACCGUGCUAUCAGGAAUCCUGACUCUAUUUCUGCCAGAAAGUUACGGUAUGCCUCUUCCUGACACAAUUGAGCAAAUGCUGUUGGUGAAAGGAUUAGAAUACAGGCCUGCAUCUACAAGGAAUUCGAAGGAUGAAGAAGAAAAUCCAGAGAUUUUUAAGAGCACAGCUUUUUAAUGAAACUCUCUGCUUCCUGGUGGAUUGAAAGUUAAAUGGACUUUUCUUCUAAUAUUCCUUCUAGAACAGGCUAGUGGCAACACUUCUUCCUGCAAUUUUAACCUUAUUUAUAAAUUUAAGCACUGUGUUCCAUACAUUCUCAUUUUAUAUGGCCAUAAAUAGUGUGUAGCCUUCAAUGAGAUUUUCAGCCGCAUUAAUGCAUUAGUACCAUGGAACAAUAUCUGGUCAACCCUUUGUAAGUAAGUGUGUAGUUCAGCUGAACAAUACUUGAAAAUGAGUUCAAGGGCUAGCAGAGCACCUGGAUUCGUCAGUGAGCCUUCUCCAGAGCUGAUGCCCAUCAAGGAUUUAAAAUAGCUAGAGAAAGCUGCUAAUUGGUUUUGAUUCCUUGACUUCUGUCUCUGGACAGAAAACUUAUUUAUUAUAGUAAAGGUUAUGAAAACGUGCCUCUUUGUGAUCUUAAGUGACUUUACACAUGCUGAAUUUGUUAACAGAUUCAGAAAGAUGCAAAGAAAGAUUUUUGAGAAGGAAUUCUAACUUGAAAUGUUUUAACUCAGCAUAGUGGAAGGAUAGUCUUGCACAAAAUACUUGUAGCAUUGAAGCUUUGCUCACAAAAUCCACUGGAAUCCAAUGCUGGUUUUUAACUACAUAUGUCUGAUGAAGUUGUUUACAUCUGACACUGGAAUGUGGCCUGAUUCAAGGCUGUAUUUAUUUUAAAUGAUGCAAAAGGUUUCAUCUGUGUGUGUAGAGGGUGUUGUUAGUUUGGAGUUCUUCCUUUUUGAUGAGUGUUGGAAAUUUUCUGUCCAAAUUGUUUGUUUUUUAAAUGUUCUGUGCAAUUUUGGAUGAUAGAAGUGAUUCUCCUGUCCUUGUUCUGUCCUUUCCACAUACAUGCACAUACACAUACUAUCAAUAAUCCACGCCACUCCAUUGACCUCAUGGUAAAAUUUACCAAGAACAACAUUUACAAUAUGUUUGAGACCACUGGUUCUUGAUUCUCAAGUGCCAACGGUUUGAUUUCUGUGGGGUCUGUUACUUCACUUAACUUGUGUUAAUUGCGUAUGUGAAUUUCUUAAAGGAAAAAAAAAAUCAUGUUGAAAAUCUGCCAAGAAAUUAUUCCUUGGGUCGUAGAAGCACCCUUGGCACUACCUGUGUUUCUUUAAAUACGUACAAUAUACACAUACAUGGAGUCUCGUUUGUGCCAUCCUGAACUUGCAUUACUUUAUACUGUGACAGAUGUGUAUGGUAAAAGCAUUUAUCUUGUGGCACUUGUUUGUGUUUUGUCCUGUCUUAUAACGACUGAAUAAACAGAACCUGAACCUGUAUAGUCAAAGCUGUUAGGGGCCUUACUUUCUAGGCGCAGCAGCGGUUCAUGCAGUUGAACAGCUGAAUUACCAGUACUCUGUAUCCUGUCCUUGCUAACCGGGCUGCAGCGACUGGCUUGGUGCCGUUCUGUGCCCUCCGGACUGCUCGUCUGGGAAGCAAGAAGGCAGAAACUCUGCACAGACUGCAGUCUUUGGGUUUGUGUGUUACACUCUUCCUACCAAUGUCUUAAGCCUACAGGGAUUGCUCUGCUUUCCCUGCAUCUUCUCCCCUAAUUGUUUGGUGUUUUAACUUCUGGAUGCAGCGGGAAGCUGGCCAAUGUCACCAGGCCACAGAAUGAUAUAGAGAAGCUUACUUUUGUCAUAGUGUCAGCUCUUUCGAGAAGAGAAAUCCCAAAGUUCCGGCAGGUUCAGUUUCAUUCCUGUUUGACAGAUAAAGAGGCACUUGGUAGAUGAGUUUAAAAUGGAGUGCAUAAUUUGAAAAUGGUGCAUAAGUUGAGAGUCUGAAUUUUGCAAGCUUCACUGCGCAUCACUUAAUGGCCUUGAAGUGAGCAAACAAAUGUCAGGAGAAUGCAUGAGUCAGCCGGGUUUCCUGGUGGUGUGAACAUCCCUCAUCCAAAAGUCGUGAUAGAAUUUGUCAGGUUUCGCACCUUGCACCUUUUCUGGAAAAUUUUAGACCGUAUUCUUACAUAUGCAACAAACUCAGUGCAAAUAUAUUUUUGUAAGUGUUAUCUCUUUUAAACUGAUAGGAACUGGAGCAUCCAGAAGCAGCUGCUUUUUUGUGUCAUAGAAGAAAUGUGAUCACCACAGGAAUUUGAGGCAAAGCACAGUUAGCUGCAACUUCCUUGUGAUGAGUUUGCCAAUGUAAACAACUGUGUCCCAUAAGCCUCUUCCUGUAAACUGUUUCAGAAAAUAUCCUGAGAUGUAAGAUAAAAGAUACGUGCUUGCCUGACACAUGAUCUAUUAUAGAAAUUCCUGUUAAAGUCUAUCUAACAUCUGACUUACCUGUUAUUUUUAAUCCACUGUUUCAACCAGGUAUGUGCCUGACAGCGAGUCUUUUGUUCUUGAAUAUUUAAGUAUUCUAAUGUUUACUAAAUGAGGACUGGGGUUUUUUUUUGUUUAUUUUUGGUGCAACCUAAUUGGGGAAUUUUCUGGUUAUGACUAACACUGCAAAACACAAUGCCAAGCUCUGUGUCACAAAAUACACUUUCUUCCUUGCUAAUCUUAAAAGUAAAAAGUGUGAGUCAGAAACAAUGUAAUAUAAUUAAUAUAGCAUCCUGGAUUGUUUUAUGUUUACUUUGCUGUCCUGCACUGAUCCUCAGGCUUAUCUCUAAACCAAGGAACUUGUUUUAAAACAAGGAACUUGUUUUAGUGUGUAGUCAGAAUCCAGCUACUAAGUAUUUCCAAAAGAACUCAAGGGACUAUUUUAAUAGCAUCAACAGGCAGGUGAUGUGAUCUGUGCAAGACGUAGAUUAAAUGAACCAAACCAGUAAUUAGCAGGUGUUAGAGUGACAUCAGUACUGGCAAAGAGUCAGAUCUACAACACUAACUGUGGCUGUGGGUAGCUGUGGAAUAAAGCAUUGGUGCUGCACAGUACCAUAGUUUUGGAUGGUGCUUGCUGACCGCAACCUUGUCAGGCAUGGCUUACUUCCAAACAGUAUUGUCUGGGGUGGUAUUUCUCUAUAGACGUGUUCUUGGCGUGUCACUUUGUGUUACAGGGAUGUGAAGCAGGGCUGGGACCUGUUUUCUGAGACCCUUCUGUAAAUGGACUGCUCUUAUAACUUCAGACUAAAUGGUUGUGAUGCCCAUAACCUGCGUUACAACAGUAGAGACUUCUGGUUAGGUAAAAUUAUCUGCUGCUAGAGAACCGUGCACAUUACAGGAUCUUCACCAAGGAAAACAGUAUUAAGGCCUUGACCUGGGAACUAGGGUGUCUUCAUUUACAGCUCUUUGACUCUUUUCAUCACCUUGGGCAAGUUGCACAAUCCUGUGACUUUGGUUUCCUUGCAUGCAAGUGGAAAUACCGUUAGCUCAAAAGGUACCAUAACUUCUUCAGUCACUUGUUCAUGCAAAACAGUCUUAUUUCACGGAAUUUUCUGGUUCGACUCUCCAGACUUUGAAUGCAAUCCUCACAAUAGCAUUAUCUGGUAUUUUAUCAUUCAGAAGCAGGCAGGUUUGGGUCACUUCUGACACUGCACUUUAAGAGGUGUGAACACCUGCUCCUGUGCUUCCAAAUUACGGUUUGAAAGAAGACAGCACAGGGAGGUGGUGCAUAGACCAGAAUGAGACUGCAGUAAGUCAGGCCAAGGGUUGGGGUUUGAAUGCUUAUUCAUGUUAUUUUAAUUGCACAACCCUUUCUUGGUUUUAUACGAAACUGCCUUCAGCCUGCUGCCUGUGAGGAGGAGCAAUAUUUACAAACAACUUUCUCUGUGUACCUAUCUACAUUGUAAAAAUCGUUUUUGUCCGGGAGACUUCCAUUCUGAGAUACGGUGAUACCAAUACUGAAUUGCUGAGCUCAUGGAAUCCGAGGUGAACGUGAGUUACACCCAUCUCUGUUUACAGCUACUCACGUUUCUUGGUCUCACCCAUGGGGGCUGUUCUUGGUUGUGCUCUCCAGAGGCCUGUGCACCUGAGCACAGUAGGCACCUGCAGAAGUUGUUGGGACUGUCUCUGCGAAUAAACUUGUAUUUCGCUAUUUGUAGAAUAGGGCCCUAACUUGCAAACCAUUUUCUUAGAACAUAGAAUCAGCUUAGGCAGCAUACUGCAUUGGUUACACGUGCCUUUGGGAGUACUUCAACCUCCUAGUGAUGGCCACAGCCUUGUAUAUAGAAACACGUGGAAAUUUCUUCUAAGAAUGUAAAUAUUCCUAGCUGUAACUAAAUUGAUUCUUACACUUUUUUUUAUAUAGAAAAAUGCUUGUUGUUUGUAAAAUUCUGAAUAAAGUCCUAUCUGGAAUUCUCUUUAAAAUGAAGUAUUCUCAUAAUUUUUCCAUCGUGUUUUAACGCGUUACUUGUAUAACAGAGCUGCCUCAUUUGUUACAGCCCUGGUGGCACUACCACGGGACCAGUAAUUCCACACGUAUUUAGAAAUGGCACAUCAUUGAGGGACUGCAAGAAGUUUCUCUACAGCGCUACUGCCACGUCUGUAGCAGAGUGGUGUGGGAGGUGUUUGCCACGCAAACGUUGCCGCUGGGUUUCUGCGGGCUCCCUCCCACGUGCCGCACGAAGCUGCGUGCUCGGAGAGGAGCAGGAGCACCACUGGGAGGGUCAGCCGAGUUCGACACUAGGUGGUGUAAGAAACAGUUUAGGAACCCUGCGUGUCAAUGCCUGGUUUUCCUUUUCAAUAAUCAGUGUUUGGCCCGUCUCGUACAUGCAGGCUUGGUAUCUGCAAAAAAAUGGUAAUUAAAAAAAAUUAAUCAUGUGAAGAAAUAGCUCCUCUGAGUCCAGACCCAGCUCCAUAAAUGAUCUUUAAAACCUGGGUCUCUUCUGUUCUUCCACGAUUUUAUUUCCUUUCAGGAUGAACUUCAGCAAAACAGUUGGAAUGUAGAAAGGUGAGAUGAUGAGGCACCCGGAAUCCGCUAGGGAUGUUUACGGAACCGAAUACUUGGCUGACUCUGCAAAUGAGCCCCUGCUGCCUGUUGGAUGAAUUGCUAAUUUUAAUCCUUCAGGGAGGCACGGAGACAGGGCCACCAGAAAGGGAAAAGAACCUGUCAUCCAGUGAUGGAGUCAGUGGGGGGCUACGAGGGCCACUGCCCAGUCUGCUUGCAAGAAACUUCCCUCGCUCGUUUGGAAGGCGCAGCAGAGCAGGGAGGAUCAGGGUGCAGUGGGGCUCCUGCCGGCACAGAGCCCUGCUGGGUGCCCCUGGCGGCCACGGGAAAGCCUUGGGGAGCUGAUGGAGCUGUGCAGCAGAGAAAAUAGUUUGCUUUGCGUGUAUCUGAAGGUCCAGAACCAGGACUCCAGUAUCUGGAGGAGUUUAUAAAUAGAUCAUGAAAUGCACACACGUUCCUGUCUUUUCAUCCAUCCAUCUAAAUGACGCUUCCUGAGCUGUCACUACAUUUCCAUAAGUUUUGUAAAGGAGAAAAGUUAAAAUAGUCCCAUGUAGGUGCAGAAUCCUGAGCCAUGCGCACAGUGGUCACUCAGGAGAUCUUCUGGCAGCCAGGACAGGCACUGGGUUGUCUGCAUCUGAAAUUUCACAAAGGGCAAGUACCUGAAUUAAACCCAACCCUGCAUUACACGAGGCAACGAGCAGCCUAAGGAGCACUGGGGGAGUCUGGAUCCCAUGGCCCAAAUUUCAAAUAUGAUUUAGAUAACUGAUAACUCAGUUAUUAUAUAUAUGCCUACAAAUAAAACUGGUAUUUAGGCAAUGGGAAGUCGCUUCCCAGGGCUCAGUCUUUCCACUGGUGGAAUAUGAAUCUUGAUUCUGCAACCCAGCGAAAUGUUAGAGGAGAGCAAGCUAUUGUCCUGACCACGUACCAGCCGUCUUCCCUUAUUUAAGCUGACUACAGAGCAUUAAUCCUAGAAGCCCUUUGAAACACUUCCUCCUGGAUGUUAGUGUAAAGUUUCACUGUUUAAUAGCCUGGCUGAUGUAUCGCUCGCUGCAACGGGUUACAGCGUGCCUCUGAACAGCAGCAGUUCUGCGUGGCAGUUCUUGCAGAGCAGCCCAGCAGCACUUGUACAAACCCCUUUUCUCUCCCUGGGCUCCAGCCCCAGGCCCUCCCCCCGGGUGCUCCUCUCCAGCUCAAAACAAACAAACAAAAACCUUAGGAAAGUAAAAUCCUUGGUGCCUCCCUCUAUCAGCCUGUGCACUGGGGCAUUGCCUCGUUGCUUAGAUCUGGGGUAACGCUGUGUGAGUGGCGUUCUGGAAACAUCUCCAGAAAUGAGUGCUUCCGAGAGGAAAACAAAAAACAAACAAACAAAAAUGGGGAAUGCAUUCUUCUGAGCCAGUGCGGGUUGUAGAAAAGGGCAUCCGCAGCUGUAGGGAGGCGGUUUUUCUGCCGUACUCACACCGUACGCCUUUGGCCUCUUAUUCUACCAGACCUUACCUCCAAACCUUACCUUACCUCCAUCACUCGCCUCUUUGCCUGCCUCCUGAGAAACCAGGCAGUUCAACACUGCACCUGCUGCUAGCUCCUAAACUAACGUUACCAAGGCGCGUAAUGAGUGGCCAGAAGGAAAUUCCCAAGAACAGCAGGAAACCGAUUAAAUUCCUAAAGAAAAGAGCUUUGCAGCUUGCAGUCAUUAACGCUCCAUAGCAGGAGCGUGCAGAGGGCAGCAGCAGAACUGCCGAGGAGGAGCGGGGCCGUGCCGGUGCCUGUGCAAAGCCCCAGCUCAGCUCUCCUGCCCUUGGCCGGGGCUGUCAGCAUGGGGAAGCUCCGGCCGAUCAGCUCCCAGGUGAAGUGAGGCUUCUGAGGCGUCCUAAUUGGGAGCAGCUGGCUGGUUCUUUGAUUACGGCAUGAACCAAGUUUCUUUUUGACUUAUUCCUUACUUGUCCUUAGCCAUCGGAAAUCUUGUGGCUCCCACAGCGCUUUCCAAACCACCCGAGGUCAUACAUCUGCCCCUUACAGAGGGGCUGCUCGGGGGAGUUGCCCCCCGGGCUGUGGGCUCCUUCUGCCCCCCGGGCUGUGCCCCCGCAUCCCGCUGCCUCCCCACGUCCCAGCACGGCCCCGAGUCUGCUCGGGGGGGGAUCCGAGGGCUCUGCCGGCUGUGCUGCGGGGCCCGGCCAGGCUCCGGGCGGCUGGGAAGAAGCCGGCUCGCCUCGGGGGGGGGGGGGGGGGGGGGACCCAGAGCGGCUCGGGGCUGCCCCUGCCCGGCAGCUCGGGGGGGUGGGGGCGACAGCCGGGGCCGCUCCUCCUCCGCGGCCCGGGAGGGAUCGGCGCCGGCAGCGAGGCAAAGGGAAAGCGAAAGGCGAAGGGAAAGCGAAAGCGCAGCGCGGGGCACUGCGGAGCGGGACCCACGGGCACCACCCGCAGCGCCCCGAGCAUCCCCGCCGGGGGGCCGCAGAGAAUGAUUGAUUUGAUUAAUCAGACCUUGUGGUCCGUCCUGGAGCUUCGUCUAUCUGAUGUGGCAGAGCCGUCUGAUCGCUGCAGCAGGCUGGUGGCUUCGAGGCCAAGGCCUCUCCUUAGGCUUUGUGCCAGAGGAGGUUGGGUUUGUGCCCGAGGUGCCUCCUAGCAAAGGAGACGUGUCCAAGCCCAUCCCACACCCCAGGCUGCCUGAAAUCAGGCCUCAGGACACCGCUCAGUGCACUGGGACCUAGCAGACCAAGAAGGACUUGGAGGCUCAUUUGACUUGGUGCUCAACACAGGGUUUAUACCCAGAAGAUAAAGGGGAUGGGUCUGGCCGGGAUGAAGAGGCUGACUGCAGGGUCCAGCAGCUGCUCCGCAUCCACAGUGACAAAAAGACCCUGCUGGGACAGGGGACACAGGGACGGCGGGUGGCCACAGCAAGUCCUCUGGAUUGCCCCAUGCUUGGCCCAGGAGAGGUUCCCCUCCGUGAGGUGCUUUCUGUUCGGGACAGGUGAAGGCUGAGAUCUUCCUUUCGGCAUUUCCCGUGCGUCCUGCAGCCAAACCGCUGCCCUCCGCAUAAAAGUGCUGGAAGCCCACCCGAGGCAUGUCUGGAGGUCCUCUCCUGAGACAUGGAGUCCUCGUGGUCAAAGCAAGUACGUUGGUGCCCAGCUGUGCUGUCAUACCAACAAAAGCCCUUUCCCACCUUACAUCUCCUCACCAUCAGAGGUUUAGCUCUGGCUCACCUGCCUGUUAUUACCUGCUUUUUCUUCCCUGAAGUUCCAACUCUGACCCACCAAGACCAUGACCAGAGCACCUCUGGAUUUCAGUGAUGAGCACUGGUGUCCCCACAGUGCUCAGCAGGGAGCCAAUGGGGACAGGACCAGGACACUCCACCAGGAACAGAACACAGCGCUGCCUCGCCUACCCUGAGGCUUUAGGAUUUACGUCCACAGAUGGCUUUGCUGGUGGUGGAGGUGAUGAUAAAUAUUGGGAACACAAGCAUAAUGGGUGGAGAACAUCAAGCAUCAGCACUUUAGUACCGCCAUCAAACUGCCAGGAUUUCCUCUCUGUGCACCAGGAGUGAAGUCCUGGCUGGCCGUGAGACCCCCCAAGCUGUACGAGCCCAGAAAACAGGUCCCGUUGGGGCAGAGGGGCCUCAGGCCUGCAGCCAGGGGGGUGGCGAUGCAUUCAAACCCCAUGCUACUUCUCACCCCUCCUCCUGCAUCUCCAGCGGCGCACCCAGGGGAGCAGAGGACCAUUGGAGCAGGUGCCUGAGGCUCGCACCACCACCAAGGGCUGCCAGACCCAGGCAGAGGUCUCAACACCUUUGGGUGCUGCAGGGACCCUGGAGGGGGCGGUUCGAGGACGUGCUGUGUUAUCUGGCUUGAGAAAACGGGAAUAGCUGGCUGUGAGGGUGUCAGCUGUCACCCUUUCUCCUUGACAUCUGGGAAAUUGCUUUUGAACUGUUUAAGAUCCUAAAUUGCUAGUACAAUGAAUGUGCAUGUUGUAUUUUAAUAAUCGGCUGUGCUGGAUUUGUUGGACUUUUUGAGGGAGGAAAGAGAUCUGCACCAUGGCCAGCCUUACCUCCAUCAAGGCAGUGGGUCCUCGGUUAACUGCCUUACUCCAUAUAAGGUUAAAAUCAGAUUUGUCAUCUUAAAAUACAGUGCUAUCCAAUAGUCCGGUAAUAUUUGGAAAAGAUUUGGUAAGUAACAUCUGCUGCACUGAAAAUUAAAGAUGCAAAAUGGGAAUUUAAAGAAAACAGGCUUUGAUACAAAUAAAGUCUUUGAAG